AUGGCACAAGCAGCAUUGUUUGUUGCACUACAAGAGUAUCUGAUUCAGUCUACAAGCCUUGCGACGCCGUGGCCAACGCUGACUUCAAGGCGCUUUGGCGGAGACGUUUAUGAGCGUACCAUUUCCAUCCAGCCCUAUGUUGUAUCCGCAGAGCCCACCCGAGUUUCUCUCAAAUCCAUCUCUUCAGGCCACUUUGACGUAGCUGUUCACUCUGCCGCACCAAAGACAUUGACAGGUGUCUCAGCACGCCUGGUUUCACCUACAACAUUGAGCACAACACUUAAUGGAGCUUCGACCGAAAUAACGAUUGUGUCGCAGCGCCCUGCUCCUUCCCUUCCUGCCGUCACGCGCAACGAACACCAUGGAACGCCUACACGUGUUCUCAGCGUCGGGAACCAAGACUAUGUUGGCUGUCGCCAGGCCAUCAUGUCAUAUUAG